AUGUUGGGUCCCUGCCUUCUGUGCCCCGUGAGCAGGUACGUCAUCAGCAGCUUAGAGCUCCUGGUGGCUGAGGACUACAUGAUCGUGUACCUGAACGGCGCCACGCCCCGGCGAAGGAUGCCAGGGAUCGGCUGGCUGAAGAAGUGCUACCAGAUGAUCGAUCGGAGAUUGCGGAAAAACCUGAAGUCCUUGAUCAUCGUCCACCCCUCGUGGUUCAUUCGGACUGUGCUGGCCAUCUCUCGCCCUUUCAUCAGCGUCAAGUUCAUCAACAAGAUCCAGUACGUGCACAGCUUGGAAGACCUGGAGCAACUCAUCCCCAUGGAACACGUCCAGAUCCCAGACUGCGUCCUGCAAUACGAAGAGGAAAGACUGAAGGCCAGGAGGGAGAGCGCGAGGCCCCAGCCGGAGUUUGUGAUGCCCAGGUCUGAAGAGAAGCCAGAGGUGGCACCAGUGGAAAACAGGUCUGCUCCAGUCACAGAAGAUGAAGAAACAAGCAUGUCCUGAGGCGACAUGAGCAUAACGAAGGACAUGAAAGAAGAUUCCAGAUGCCAGGACACCUCUGUCAGACGCCCACUGGCCCCAGAUCUCAUCCUGCCUCAUCCUGAGCCCCAGUCUUCCAAGGGUGCCAGCCCCUCCGUUCAUCUCUGAAACCCAGCAUCCUUUUCAGCUGCUUGAAAACAUUGUAUUUUUUUUUAACGAUGCAGUAUUUGUGCGUUCCAGAAAAGGGCCCAGCUCUGAGCCCCUCACCCUUCCACACUCACAAACUCUCAGACGAGGAAGGCAAGAAGCGCAGGGGGUGGCCCGCGUGGCAUCGGUGGCCUCCGCUUCUGCUCGCAGCCGCCAUGGUCAGAGCUGGAUACAAGAUUCAAGACCCUCCUCUUGCUUGUCACCCGCUCUGGGUUGGAG